CGGGCACUGCUCCAUCGCAGCUCUGGGCACGCCUCCUCCUGGCUCUCGCCAGUGCCAGCCGCCACCCACCACCUCGUCCGAUCCUACUGUGGACUGUGGUGGUAGUUAAUCAAUGGAAGAGCUCGACGAGUUCGAGGUGCUCUGGCCGGAGUACUGCGCCGGCCUCGCGCACGCCGACGAUGACCAGUACAAGACACCGGCGGCGGCAUCGAGCGUGCAGAGCACGGCCACGUCGUGGCAGCGGCGCGCGGCACGGUCUCGGCCGGUGGACGUUCCUCCAAGCAGGGCCGCCGUGCUGUUGCUACGGUGGAAAGACGGUAAUACCGAAGACGACUCAGUGGAGAAGGACGGCGGGGGCAAGAUCAUCGUGCCGCCGCACCUGCUGGUCUCCGGCAGGCGGCUGUCCGACGGGGAGGCCGCCGCGGCGUACACGCUGCUGCGGUCGGGGGCGGCAAGGCGCGGCAAGCGGGCGCGCGACCUGCGCCACCUGCGCAACUCCGUGCUGCGGAUGACCGGCUUCAUCGAAGGAUGACACGUUGACACGUAGUACCAGGUCGUCCUAUGGUUUGGGGCACAAACACGUGCAUAAAUUUCUCAAAACUAAAUUUCCUUGUGCGCUCAACGAAUGUUAUCAGAGUACCCAGAAAACGUGUUGCUACUUGCUAUAGUACUACCAGUUUGUUAGUAUCGGUUAAUGAGAAUGGCACCAAGUUUCGAACCUA